AUGAUAAAUAUACAAAACUACGGUAGCAGUUCAGAGGAUGAGACAGACAACGAGACGGAGACAAGUAAACAACACAGUAAUGAGACUUUGUUGACACAUUUAAAACCUGUUGAUCCUGAUUUAUCUAUUGCUAAAAAAAUGCAAAUAUGUGCAGCUCCAACUGUUGUACCCACGACUAAUGAAGACACAAGACUUCUCUUAAAUAACACACAAGAACUAACAUUCAAUCCUAAGUAUGAAGAAUUGUAUGCACCUAAUUUUGGUCCAGAAAAUCCUUUUCAAACACAACAAAUGAAAGCUAACCGAAAUAUGCUAUCUGGUUAUGUUGAAAAAGCACAUAUCAGUGAGUUUCAGUUCGAAAACCAAAGACGAACAUUCACAAGUUAUGGUUAUGCUAUGGACCCUUCAACAGAACCUAUAGCUGAUGAAAAUGGAGAAGCUGUAAUUGUAUCUGCUAUGGUAGCAGCCCCAGAAGAAGCAGAAGGUAAAACUGUAUUUGAGAAUAUUAAGAAAAGGCCUUUGGAUAAAAAGAAAAGAAACAAAAAUGACAAUCCUGAUGACAUUGAGGGAUUUUUGGGACCUUGGGGAGGGUAUGAAGGAGAGAGGAGAGUAAUGAAACCAGAAGGAGAUGAAGCAAAGGAAUUAGAAGAGAUUUUAGCAAAAAGACAGAAGAAGGGCAAAGUUGAUGACGACAAACCUCUGGAAGAGAAAUCUAUAUUCCACAUUGAUAAAGCGACGGACUAUCAGGGCCGGUCGUGGGUGGAGGCGCCGCGCAGCGAGACGCAGCUCCGCAGCGAAACGCCUCCGGACAAAUGUUUCCUGCCAAAGGCGCACAUAUUCACGUGGAAAGGGCACACGAAGGGCGUGUCGGCGGUGCGCUGGUUCCCCGCCACCGCGCACCUCAUGCUGUCCGCCGGCAUGGACUGCCGGGUCAAGAUAUGGGAAGUGUAUGGCGAGAGGCGUUGUAUACGCACGUACUUCGGACACAGGCAAGCGGUGCGGGAUGUUAACUUUAAUAACAGUGGAACACAGUUUUUAUCUGCCGCGUACGACCGCUACAUCAAGCUGUGGGACACGGAGGCGGGCACGUGCGCGGCGCGCUUCACCUCGCGCAAGGUGCCCUACUGCGCCAAGUUCCACCCCGACGCCGACAAGCAGCACCUCUUCGUGGCCGGCACCUCCGACAAGAAGAUCAUAUGCUGGGACACGCGCAGCGGCGAGGUGGUGCAGGAGUACGACCGCCACCUCGGCGCCGUCAACUCCAUCACCUUCGUGGACGACAACCGCCGCUUCGUCACCACCUCCGACGACAAGAGCCUGCGCGUCUGGGAGUGGGACAUCCCCGUGGACAUGAAGUACAUAGCGGACCCGUCGAUGCACUCGCUGCCGGCCGUGACGGCGGCGCCCAACGGCAAGUGGCUGGCGUGCCAGUCCAUGGACAACAAGGUGGUGGUCUUCUCCGCGCUCAACCGCUUCAAGCUCAACCGCAAGAAGACCUUCGUGGGGCACAUGGUCGCCGGGUACGCCUGCGCCCUCGACUUCUCGCCCGACAUGAGUUAUCUGGUAUCAGGGGACGCAGACGGCAAAUGCUACAUAUGGGACUGGAAGACGACGAAACUGUACAAAAAGUGGAAAGCGCACGACGGUGUCUGCAUCACGUCGCUGUGGCACCCGCACGAGCCCAGCCGCCUGCUCACCGCCGGCUGGGACGGACUUAUCAAGUAUUGGGAU